AUGGGCGUAACGGUUCGCAUCCCCACACCCCUGCGGCGCAUGACUGGCGGGGCCAACAAGGUUGAGCUGGAAGUGGCCGACCUUUCCCAGAUGAUUGACCGGCUGGAAUCCGAUUACCCGGGUUUCAAGGAAAGGUUGAUAGACGAGGAGGGCGAGUUGCGUUACUUCGUCAACAUCUACGUCAACGGGGAAGACAUUCGGUUCGACCAUGGCUGGGCACCGCCAUCAAAUCCGGCGAUGAAGUUAGCAUAG